AUGCUCGUCAAAGCUGUCCUCCUCUCCACAGUAGCGUGUAGCGCAAUUGCAGCGCCCUACGAAGUCACCAACCCCGAGGAUCUCAAGAACAACUGGUACAGCAACGACUACUCCGCCACUCGCGGCGUGAACGAGCAGAUUCACUGGAAGUUCACCCUCGAAGGCCACAACGCCGUUCCCGACCCAGGUGACUUUUCAGUCGCCUGUCACGGGGUGCAGAAUGGAGCUCCGUGCGGCGAGACCUGUGCCCAGAAAACACCUUUCACCUCCUGCAAGGAUACAACGUAUGAGGCGCGCCAGUACUUCAAUGGGCCCAAGACUACCAUUGAAGUGCGUCGCACUACUAUGCCUGACUUUGGAAAGAAAGUCAUCACCAGUGCCAAUGUCAACAUCACCGCGCAGACGGAGGUUGGUACAGUGACCUACGGGUUGCUAUUUGGGGAGUUCCAGAAGCAGUUUAUUUCCACGCUUAACGAGCCUCCUUCACCCUAG